AGCCGCCCUUUCCUGCGCGUGUCUGCAUCCGGGUCCUCAGACUCACGCUCCCCGCGCCGGGCUGGCGUCUCUAUGCUGUGGUGCGGAGUUGGUGGCUCUUGGUGCUGCGGCUUCUGAAGAGUCUGUGGGUCAACGGGUGAGUUUAGGCGAGCGGCUUAAAACGAGGACUCUGGCGGACACCUGGCUGGCGGUUGCUCUUCCCGGGGAUUGUGCUGAACCGGGACUCGGGGCCUGGAGCAGAAUUUCUUAGGUUUGAACUUCUUGUGCUGGAAGCUGUGCAUCACCAUAAUGAGGCUUGUAAUUCUUGACAACUAUGACUUGGCUAGUGAGUGGGCAGCCAAAUACAUUUGUAAUCGCAUCAUUCAGUUCAAACCUGGACAGAACAGAUACUUUACACUGGGCUUACCAACAGGGAGUACACCUUUAGGAUGUUAUAAAAAACUAAUAGAGUAUCACAAGAGUGGAGAUCUUUCUUUUAAAUAUGUGAAGACUUUUAACAUGGAUGAAUAUGUAGGACUCCCAAGAAAUCAUCCUGAAAGCUACCAUUCUUAUAUGUGGAAUAACUUUUUUAAGCAUAUUGACAUAGAUCCUAAUAAUGCUCAUAUUCUUGAUGGGAAUGCUGCAGAUUUACAAGCAGAAUGUGAUGCAUUUGAAAGGAAAAUAGAAGAAGCUGGAGGAAUAGAUCUUUUUGUUGGAGGAAUAGGUCCAGAUGGUCAUAUCGCUUUUAAUGAGCCAGGAUCCAGUUUAGUAUCAAGGACAAGAUUAAAGACUCUAGCAAUGGACACCAUUUUGGCAAAUGCUAAAUAUUUUGAUGGAGAUUUAUCAAAAGUGCCAACUAUGGCUCUAACUGUUGGUGUGGGGACAGUGAUGGAUGCUAGAGAAGUGAUGAUCCUCAUAACAGGUGCACACAAGGCAUUUGCCUUGUACAAAGCAAUAGAAGAAGGAGUCAAUCAUAUGUGGACUGUUUCAGCUUUCCAGCAGCAUCCAAGAACUAUUUUUGUAUGUGAUGAAGAUGCUACUUUAGAACUAAGAGUUAAAACUGUGAAAUAUUUUAAAGGUUUAAUGCAUGUGCAUAAUAAACUUGUGGAUCCACUAUACAGUAUGAAAGAAGGAAAGUGAAGGAGAUUGAAGCAAAAUUCUACUUGAAAAGACCACUGUAUUAGAUGCAUUUUCAGCUAUGCAGUAUGAUAACGGGAAAUACUGAAGAUUGUCACUUUAAAAAUCCAUUAUAUAUGUUAAACAUUCCAUAGUUAGAAUAUCUGUUUUACACUAGGAUUCAUGAGAAAUAGUUGGCUCUCCAAGCUGUUAGCAAUUACAGAAAGCUACAUAGCCACUUAUACAGACAGUAUAGAGAUGUCUGCUGAUUUUAGGUGCCAUGUGUGAUAUAACAUAGACUAUUCUUUAAUUACAGGAAGACACUCCAAGCCUUUCAUUUAUCAAACAAGUCUCAUUUCAAAUCUUUACUUUUGGAAUGCUCUCUUUAGAUUGCUGUGUAUUAUACACAUGAUUAUCUGCACGGUGUUGCCUUAGUCAUCUUUCAGCAGUAGUUGGACAUCAAAAGUCCUGCUACAUAUUGUUGAUAAAGGAAAUGUGAAGAGAUGACAGUGUUUAAAAGUAGUUUACAUCCUUUUAGAAAGUAUGUGUAAGUGCAUGUUUUUUUGCGCACCUUCUUAUAUAGCACCUUUUUACAAAUACGCUCUUAUUUUUACUUAAUGACACGGGUUUAUGCCCCCCCCAUAUAUAUAUAGCUUGGCAAUUAUGAGCUUUAUAUAAACCUAAAUUCUUUUGAAGAAUAUUUUCUGAUUAUUGCUAAAUUUCAUAAAUGAUUAGCUUUAUUCCUUAUAUAUAAAAUGUCUAAAAAGAUACUACUAUGCUAUAUAAAAUUACUGUAAAUCAUUCAUUGCAGAUUGUGAUAAACUGAAUAAAUUGCAGGUCUGUA